AUGUCCCGGAGUUCUCGUCCUUUGAUGCGGCAAUUGCACAGAGCAUUUCAAUCCUCACAUCCUCCAAGAUGUCCGUCUCGAGUCCUUGUAUCUGCAGUUAAUCGCACUGCAACUCAACCUCGAAGAACAUACGCCUCGGUUUCCGCAGCAGAUCUCCAGUUCGGACAACCUGUUUAUGAGACACAUCCCCAUCUUUUGAGACCUGGAGAAAUAACUCCGGGCAUAACAGCCCAGGAAUAUGCGAAUCGACGAGCAAAGCUUGCUGCAAGUUUACCUCCUGACGGGAUAGCGAUCCUUGCUUCAUCUAACACCAAAUAUCGAUCAGGCGCCGUCUUCUACGAAUUCCACCAGGAGCCAAACUUCCUGUACCUGACUGGGUUUAAUGAACCAGAAGCAGUUGCUUGCAUACGGAGAGUGGGAUCCUCUUCAGAUUAUACUUUCCACCUUUUCCUCCGGCCAAAGGAUGCAAGAGCAGAACAAUGGGAAGGUGCAAGGUCUGGCGAACAAGCGGCCUUAGAUGUGUUCAAUGCGGACGAGUCGGGUGACAUAAACCAGCUACACUCGCUACUUCCGCCGUUGAUUGCAGGUGCAAGUGAAGUGUACACAGACAUAGCCAAGUGCGCUGGAUUUGGACUCUUCUUCCGAAAUCAAGAUGCUCAACCAAACGACUUCCAAAGGAUGAUAAAAGACAGCAAAGUCAAGCCUCUCAAGCCAUUGAUGCACGAGCUAAGGAUCAUUAAGAGUGAAGCUGAGAUUACCAACAUGAGGCUUGCUGGAAAAUACUCUGGAAGGGCCAUCACGAAUGCAAUGCGUCGACAGUGGACUAAAGAGAAAGACCUAGCAGCUUUCCUUGACUACGACUUUAAAGCAUGUGGCUGUGAUACGACUGCAUAUAUUCCAGUUAUCGCUGGAGGCAGCAAUGCUUUGAGUAUUCACUAUGUUCGUAAUAAUGACGUGCUUCAAGACGGCCAGAUUGUCUUAGUGGACGCUGGUGGAGAGUAUGGUGGUUAUAUUUCAGACAUCACCAGAUCCUGGCCUGUUAAUGGCAAGUUCUCCGAUCCCCAAAAGGAUCUGUACGAAACUAUUUUGAAAGUCCAAAGGAGCAGUGUAUCACUCUGCAGAGAGAGUGCAAACAUGACCUUGGAUAAAAUCCAUCAAAUCACGGAGCAUGGGCUGAGAGAGGGUUUGAAGUCUCUCGGCUUCAACAUGAAUGGCGAUGCCAUGGAUGUUCUCUUCCCUCACCACGUAGGCCAUUACAUUGGACUGGAUGUGCACGAUUGUCCGGGAUACUCUCGUGCAACACAACUGAAGGUGGGACACUGUGUUACAAUUGAACCGGGGAUAUAUGUCCCGGAUGAUGAAAGAUGGCCAAUCCAUUUCAGAGGCAUGGGUAUCCGGAUAGAGGACAGUGUUUGUGUUCAGGAUGAUUCUCCACUCAUUCUGACCACAGAAGCUGUCAAAGAGGUUGUAGAUAUUGAGGCAUUACGGGACUGA